AUGACUGCUAAUGAUAUCGACUAUUUAAUUAAUAUUUUACAUAAGAAAGAUAUACAAUUUGAUAAAAAGGACAAAGACAAUAUAUUAAAUAAUCUGGUUUAUUAUGUCCCUAGAAUCAGAGAUGCUCCACAAUUAGAACUACUCAUAUCCAGUCUUUUCCAUGUGGAAAAUGUCACUUUGCUAAACGAUCCUUUCCAAUUACAAGAGACUGUUCAAUCAAUCUUUUUGUCAAAGCUUUCGAUCUCGGAACCAACCGUUUCGAUCUCUACGUUUUACAAAAUAUGGGAUUCUGUUAUCGACAAUAUGAAUAAUAGAUGGACUCUCUCAACCUUGGCGAUGUUAAGUGGGAUCCUUAUUACAGAAAACGUAUAUGAAUCUCUUCAAAAUAGAUUCUAUAUGGAUGAUCAAAGAAAUACACAAAAGUUAUAUAAAAAAUGGAGAGAAACAUAUUUUAUACCCAUUAUCGUUCAUACAUUAAAUUCCUUCCUUAAAAUGUCCAAUACAAAUAAAAGUAUUACACAAAAUACGGAUCUUAUAGAUUAUUUGGUAAAUUUAUAUUCUACAGUGACUUAUUUCAUGAAUUUUAAAAGUAAUAACAGAAUUUUGCCUUGGAACUUGAUAACAGAAUCUUCGAUUAGUAUAAUAAUCAAAUAUAUGACAAAUGCUUCCAAAUAUCCGGCCUUUCUCAAUAAAAGGAUAAAUUGUAUUGCAUUAAAUCUACAGAAUUGUAUACCCCAUACAGAUGUAAAGUUGAUUAGACAGGUACUGAGAGAUUUGAAUUAUCAAUGUAAAGUAUUAUCUCACAAUCAACAAUACGGUGAUACACCAAACAUAUCAUAUUCUAAUCGUUUCUUUUCUAAUAUUUUACUUACUUUGACAUUAACAUUUAAAUCAAUAUUAACAUCUAAGACAAAUAUUUUGAACAAUGAAAAUUCAUUAGAUAAAGAUGAUAUCCUCAUACAAUUAUUGGAAUCUUUAUUUUAUUUACAUUUCAUUACAUUAGAUUUUGGGAUAAUAGGUUUCCAAAGUUAUGAAAUAGUUUACAAUAUUUUAUGUUUAGAAAUAAUAAAAAUCUGUAAUAAUCACCCUUCAAAACAAUAUUUUAAUUUAAUUCUGCAAAAAUUAUUGAGAUGUAAUCCAAGGAACGUAAAAUAUCCUAAUAAAGUUUAUGAUUCCAAGAUAAUUUUCAUUUUAGAUUUCAUUAAAAAUACAAUAACUGCAAUUUGUUCAUCUAAUGUAAAAUUGGCUAUACAAUCAGUAAUUGAACCAACAAUUUUGAAUAAUACUUUGAAUUCUCCAUAUAUAGAUAUAAGAGAAGUAUCACACUCAGUAAUUAUUCAUUUGUUAUCAAUGAUGACAACAGAUUCGGAUGUACGACAAUGGCAAUUAUCCAAUAUCUUACCGUAUGCAAACCAGUCCUUUGAUCAAUACAUUGAGAAUUUACUUACAGAAGAACAGCUAUAUAUUAUUGCACAAAGGAUUGGUGGCUAUGUUCAAUUAUUAUCCAUAUAUAAACAUGAUUUUCAAAGAGAAUGGUUACAUAACAUAUAUCGAAGACUGAUAAACUUAACUGUAAAUAGUAAUAUUACAAAGAUAAAAAUGAUUCAAUUACAGACUACAUUAAUAAAAUGUAUUAUUUAUCAAAUACCUUACAUUAAUGCAAAAUAUUUAAAGAAUUGGUUAGAGAAUAUUGAUGAACUUUCAAAAACAUUACUUUUUGACAAAUACCAUUAUAGUGAGAUAAUAGAUACAUUAUGGGAUGUAAUAAGUGAAUCAAAAUCUGAUAUUGCCAUUAAAUGGUGGUAUUCAAGAAAAAAUAGUAGCGUUGUACAGUCUUACCUGUAG